AUGGAAGGUCGGAUGGAACCUUGCGUCGGCACCGUCGUGACGUGCUUCGUCUCUGCACGCCGCUGGGCAGCCGGUGACGGGAUGGAUCUCCACAUCGACAUCGCCUUGACGCGCCCACCUACGCCGUCGGAGACCGCGGCUUACGGCGAAUUCGAGUCGCUCUCCACUACAACCCGAAGUCGUGGUCCCAUAGUGGAGUUCGGCCGUGCCACAACGGCACAUGGCAGCCCUAUUCAGGGAUGGCACUGCCAGCCCCCACGAGGGGAAGGGCCUAGAAAAGGUGGGCUAAACAUUGCUGGGUACCACGCCGUCUCCAGGCUAGCCAGGGCCGCAGACGUCUUAUCAUGGUCGAAACAAUCAAAAUCGAAACAACAACAAUACCAAUAACAACAACAACCAUACCCAUUCUCCUCAUCCUACUUCUGCUACCUCUUCCUCCGUCUUUUCUUCUGCCUAUUCUUCUCCUUCGUCACCUUCUUCUCCAUCUCCUUCCCGUCGCCCCACUCGCUGUCACCAGACUGGCAGGGUGAGCCCGCUCACUCUGGCAGCCUGGAAUGUUCGUUCCCUUUUAGACAAUCCGAGGAACAACAAACCGGAACGGAGGACGGCGCUAGUGGCACGAGAACUGGCGCGCAACAAGGUGGACAUCGCCGCACUCAGCGAGACCCGUUUCUCCGAACAAGGCCAACUGGAGGAGGUGGGUGCCGGCUACACCUUCUUCUGGAGCGGUCGACCCAGGGCAGAGUGA